AGUCUGUCUCGGAGCUCCUAAUGGUCUGCCGUGUAACUACUGACGCAUUUCGCGUUGUUAAUACUUUUGCAACUCUAUGAUAACGAAAGCUCCGAGGAAUUAAAUAUGUGCGAAACUUCAUUUCUUCGGCUUCCGGAAAUUUCCUUUCUAUAGUUGUUUCACCGUGUCAGUAGACAAAGAAAAAUCGACAAUCUUGUAUAGUUACAACACGCCAUUGGCACCUCGGUUAUGGAGCUUGGUGCACCCUCAGAGUGGAAAUAGGACUAUUUAACUGACGAUGGGUGACAGUGCUCCCUUUUAGUGACUUAGCAUUUGUCUUUGUUUCAGUAGUGAAGCAAGGGCAUGAAGAGCGGAUGGGGUGAUAAAACGUUAUAUUCUCGAAGGAAAGGCGUCAUGUUAACAAACGGCUUAAAUCUCAAAGGUUUGUGACAAAUGUAACAAACGUGAGAGAGGAUAGCACAUGCAGAUCUUGCAGAAUCUAUUUCCCGUGCGCUUUCAAGUGCUCCGAGGAUGUUCCUUUGGCAACAAUGCCUGGAAUGUGAUUGCGUUUGUAAUUCUGAUCUGAGUUUUGAAUUGGUCGCAAUUGUGCCAUUGCGUGACUGGACCUGUCGAACUUUCUCCGUCAUAUUCUUGUUUGCAAAUGUUAGUUAGGGACCACAGACAAAUGUGAAAAGCAGCUUCGAUAACUUUGUCUACACGAGCCGUUAAAAGUGCUGUGGCAUUAGAGAAUGUGACCUGUCAGGGUAAACUGUCAAUAAAACACAAUAUGUAGACAAAUACUAUCACCUGUUCUAUCCCCACUGUUGACAGUCUACAAUCAGGGGAACCGCUGAGGCUAGAAAAUAUAAAUACACGACAUUUCUUCUUCAGAAUGGCCCCUAGUAUUAUCAUCUGUCAAUAUAUGUCUGAUUUUUUCCGGAACGCUAUGUAACUGCACACAGCUACUAAAUCUUAUAUUUCGCUCAGGGAACUGACGAAUAUCGUGUGACCGUACGUACUAAGUAACCAUGCUAAGGAACUCUUGUCACAGUGCAACUAACACAAACUGACCCGCAAGUAAGCAGCUGCGCUCCUACACUGGUGUCUCCCGGCCCUGCAGCGCUGUUCCGUUGUCUAAUUGGUCCCCCUCUGCCCUGUCUCCCACUCCCGCUACAUUAAGCAAUUGCGCAUGCGCGCACACGAAGCUUCGUUUCUGCGACUCUCAGACUGUACCAGCGCGGAAUUGCUAAUUGGACGAUGCCGACAGUUCGUUAUCAUUCGCAAUAUUACGGAUACAGUUUUCUGGUCACAUGGGAAAGGCGGGACGAAAGAACAAUAGUGGAGCCGACGAAGGACGGUGUAGUAUAGUAUAACAGCGCAGAGCCCAAGCGAGCGCAGUCUGGCACUGUAGAGGCAGAGGUACAGACCUGGAUAUCUUAUCAAUGAACUCGAUCAGCCUCCGUCCGAUAGAAAGGAGAGACAGUAUCGCAUAUACAGAGAUGCUGUUAGGAGUCUGACUGUGUGCACUCCUUUGAAUCCCCCCCUUUAGCAGCACUUCCAGCAGGAGGAUCAUAAUCGUCUAGGGCAGGCUGUCAGCGAACACUUGUUGCUGCAGCGCGGAACUUUAUCUGUUGCACUCUAAACCUGCAGUAUCUCGGCUCCGCCCACAGGCAGUCACCCCAGAGUGUAGGUCCGCAGCGGAAGCAGGUGGCAGUCAUGGAGAUUGUGGAGGACGGCUACAUUACAACACUGGACGGAGAUGCCCUCCGACACGCGGCAGAGGUACUCAAUGAGGCAGAAGAUCGUCUGCCCGAAGAAGUGGCCAAGGUGCGCGCCUGGCUGCGCACGCAGCCUCACCUCAACGCUCACACUGAUGCGAUGCACAUAGUAAGGUUCUUGAGAGGAUGCAAAUAUGACCAUGAGAAGACACGUCGAAAAAUAACGAACUUCUAUGGAAUGCGUGGCAGGUGUACAGAAUGGUUUGAUAACCGCUGCCCCACAAUUCGCCAAAUACAGGAUAUGCUGGAUAUGGGUGUUUUCCUACCACUGAGAAAGCACAAUGAGCAUCACAACACUGUGGUAAUUAUUCGUGCUGCAGUUCACAACCCAGCAAAGCAUCGCCAGGAUGAUUUGUUCAAGACAGGGAUGAUGGUUCUUGACCGUGCUUUAGAGAUGGAUGAGACCAUUUCUGUGUAUGGUGUUAUUGCCAUCAUAGAUCUAGCUGGAAUUGGUGUUGGCCAUGCCAGGCAACUAACUAUAAAGAUCAUACGAAAUGCUGUUCAUGCAUGGCAGGACUGCUAUCCAGUACGAAUCCGGCGACUCGACUUCAUCAAUGCUCCUAUAUAUGUAAAUGUUGUUCUGAAUACAUUCCGUAGAUUCAUGCGUGAAAAACUUCGAAACAGGGUCCAUGUCCACUAUGGCUCUUUGGAUGCACUGUAUGAAGAGGUGAGCCCUACUAUCCUGCCUUAUGAAUAUGGAGGUACUGAUGGGUCCUUGCAGGAACUGAAAGAAUAUUGGAAGAGUGAACUGAUGGAAAACCAAGACUGGUUUGUUCAGGAUGAAAAACACAAGGCCACCAAAAUCAAGUGAAGCUCUCAUGAACACCAAUCUUCAAAGCAAGAUUUCAGAGAAACUGCUUACUGAAGAGUUCAGACUGAAGAGGGGCGAGUUGAAAAUACUAGUACCUGCAGUUUUAACAUUUGAGCAUCACUCACAACUAAUGAAACACUUUGUGAUAUAGGAUCUGAUAAAAGUAACAAGGCUUGUCCAGAUCUCAAAUGUUAUCACUACUGAAAACUUAUUUCCAGUGGAUAGUUGUUGCAAAUGAUAUUGUAGAAGUGAUAUGUCACACACAUUGCCAAGCUUUCAGUGAAGUACUGGUGAUGUUUUUACACUGGCAUUAAGUCAUAGUAAAAAGAAAAAAAACAAAGUGUCUGUGCCAGCAGCAGUCCUUGUGAUCUCAUAGUGGUUAGACUUGUCUGUUCGUGCUAACAUGAAACAGUUUCUGCUGUAAUUAUUUAUCAGCUUGUGCCUUUCCUAAGGUUAUUACCAUUAAAUUAUAAUGAUCUUUUCGAUAAAUGGUUUUCUCCCUUUACUUUUUUAAAUGUCUUUAAUAUAAAGUUUUGUAUGUCUGUACAAUGAAUUUUUUGCUUGCAGUGAUUUAUAGUGACACAUUUCACAUCAAUUGUGCACUCCUUUGUUAAUGACUGGCAUUUUAAAUAGAUCUCAGUCGAAAAAUAAUGACUAUUUAACAACAUCUAAGGAUAAGUCAGUAAAUGUGAGCACUUUUUCUGUAAUUUAGAAGAAAAAUAAUGGAGAUCUUUUUCUAUUUAUAA